AUGAAGAAUGCAAUGGGCCAAUUACAGAAAGAAAAGGAAACGCUUCAGAAGAAACUGUCAGAAUUAGAGCAAAAACAGAGUUGUUUCAGAGACAGUUUCUACUACAUCUCUACUGAGAAGAAGAGCUGGACUGAGAGCAGAAAGGAUUGCAAAGAGAGAGGAGCAGACCUGGUGAUCAUAAACAGCAGAGAAGAACAGGAGCUCAUCAGCAAAGCAUUUGGCAGCUCUGAAGCUUGGAUUGGUCUGACAGACACGGAGGAAGAAGGGGUCUGGAAAUGGGUGGACAACUCAAGACUGACCACUAAGUUCUGGUGGAAGGGGGAACCCAAUGAUCAUGGAGGAAAUGAGGACUGUGCUAUAACUGGCUAUAAAGGUGCCGGAUCUGAACGUUUAUCAACCUGGGCUGAUUAUCCCUGUAAUCACCCUGUAGUUGGAAUCUGUGAGAAAAGGAUUUAG